UCACUCUUUGGUCGUGAGAAUUCAACCCAUAAUGGCACAGCGUGACUGGGAUGCUGACAAAAUGCUUGAUGCUUACAUAUAUGAUUAUCUCAUGGCCAAAAAACUACAUGCAUCAGCGAAAGCUUUUAAGGCUGAGAGGGCGGUUCCCAAUGACCCCGUAGUUAUCGGUGCGCCUGGAGGAUUUCUCUUCGAGUGGUGGUCUCUUUUCUGGGACAGCUACACUGCAAAGUCAAAUGAAGCUGCUGCUUUGCAGGUUGAGACGCAACAAAGCAGAGCAAGAGAGAACCAACAGCAGUUGCAACUUAUCCAGCAACAGAAUGCUCAAUUACAGCGAUGGGAUCCUAGUCAUUCUUCCCAUGGUGUCCCGGUAAAUGCUAUGAACUCUGAAGGAAUAAUGGGACAGCCUUCAGCCAAUUUCCUGGACAUGAAAAUGUACAAAGAUUGGAUAAACCAGGGCCAGUUGCUUGAAGGAAAUUCUGGGAACAUGUCUGGGUCUUCACAGCAAUUGCGUGCUCAAAUGACCAAUAUGAAAUUGACCCAAAUGCCACAAUCAUCCUCUCAACAUGAGCAACUGCAACAGAACAAUAACAGAGAAAGAAAACAACAGUCAUCUUCUGGACCAACUAAUAGUAAAGGUAAGGGAAAAGCAAUGGAUCCUUCACCAAAAUCCCCGGUAUCGACUCAUAACCCUGGCGAUGAGAAAAAUACUGCCAGUAGUCUGCAGCAUGUAAGCAGUGGACAAAAAGGGUUGAUGAUGUAUGGUUCAGAAACAGCAGGUCUUGCAUCACCUGAAAAUCAGUUGGAUGACAUAGAACAUAUUGGAGAUGAGGGAGAUGUCGACUCCUUUUUGUCUAAUGAUGGUGAAGAUGGACGGACUUUAUAUGACAACAUCAAACAAAAUCUUACUGAACAUAAAACGGAGUCUUCUAAAGGAUUCUUCCUUGAAGAAGUUGGUUGUAUACGGACCAGAGAUAAAGUCACAUGCUGCCAUUUCUCUUCAGAUGGCAAGCUGUUAGCUAGUGCCGGACAUGGAAAGAAGACUGUUCUUUGGAACAUGAAUACCUUGCAAACUGAAAGCACUCCUGAAGAACACCAGGACGUGAUUACAGAUGUGCGUUUCAGGCCUAAUUCAUCUCAAUUGGCGACAGCUUCACUUGACAAGUCUGUGAAAUUGUGGGAUGCAGCUAAUCCAAGCUACUGCCUGCAUGCUUAUACUGGGCACCCCUCUCAUGUUAUGUCCCUAGACUUUCAUCCAAAGACGAAUGACAUGUUCUGUUUUUGUGACAGUAACAAUGAAAUUCGUUAUUGGAACAUCAAUCCAUUUUCAUGUACUCGAGUUUCAAAGCAAGGAGGUAGUUCACAAGUGAGAUUUGAACCGGCAAAUGGACGCUUAUUAGCAGCAGCAUCAGAUGAAGUUGUGUCCAUCUUUGAUGUUGAAACUGACAUGCAAACACAUUUUUUCCAGGGACAUAGCGGUGUGGUUAACUCCCUAUGCUGGGAUCUAAAUGGUGAUUAUUUGGCUUCCGUUGGUAAGGAGUCUGUGAAAGUCUGGUCGCUGACCUCUGGAAAAUGCGUUCAUGAACUUAGCUCAAAGAGUAACCAGUUUCAUUCCUGCGCUUUCCAUCCAAGCUAUUCAGCUCUUUUGAUGAUUGGUGGAGAGAAGGGUUUAGAGUUGUGGAAUAUUGCUGAGAAUAAAAUCAUGACAGUUCGAGCACAUGAAAAUAUGAUUGCUGCUUUAGCACAGUCCCCUAUAACAGGAAUGAUUGCUUCUGGAAGUCACGAUAGUUCUGUCAAGUUAUGGAAAUAA